AUGAUCCUGCUCCUCCUUCUCUUCGCCCUGACCCUGGGUGCUGUGUCUCCUUCAGAUGGACCUGAGGUCAAGCUGCAGCGUGGAAACUGUCCCAUGUUCUGGUUCAGCUUCAACAACCGCUGCUACAAAUACGUGGCCACACAGAUGACCUGGGCUGAUGCAGAGCUCUAUUGUGUGAAAGAGGGAGCCAACCUGGUGUCUAUCCACAGUCUGGAUGAAGAGAAUUUUGUCAAAGCCCUGAUCAAGAACUUUGAUCAUGCUGAAGGAUGCACCUGGAUUCAAGCUUGUGUAAAUCGUGCAGAUCAUCUCCAACCCCUCGUCCUGCUCCUGAGACAGAGAGAGAGAGACGCCAACAUGAUCCUGCUCCUCCUUCUGUUUGCCCUGACCCUGGGUGCUGUGUCUCCUUCAGAUGGACCUGAGGUCAAGCUGCAGCGUGGAAACUGUCCCAUGUUCUGUUUCGGCUUCAACAACCGCUGCUACAAGUACGUGUCCACACAUAUGACCUGGGCCGAUGCAGAGCUCAAUUGUGUGUCAGAGGGAGCCAACCUGGUGUCUAUCCACAGUCUGGAUGAACAGAAUUUCAUCAAAGCCCUGAUCCAGAACUUUGAUCAUGCUGAAGGAAGAACCUGGAUCGGACUCAGCGACCUCUACAAAUGUUACAGCUGGAUGUGGUCUGAUGGUUGUGCAGUGAAGUUUACCUUUUGGUCACCAGGAGAACCAAACAACUACCAAGGAAGAGAACACUGUGGUCAUAACAACUAUAGCAAUGAUAAGAAAUGGAAUGAUGUAUAUUGUCGUGAGUAUUAUCCUUCUGUUUGUGCAUCUCGCAUAAUGUGUCCUCAGUGAUUGUUAAGUCUGAUUUACCCUGGUCACUGAUCACCUGAUGCUUGUUGACAUGAAAUAGUCC